UCCUGCUUCGCUCCACCAGAUAUUAAUAUCGUGGGCGGACACGGCCGGCACGCGUCGACGAGAGUAGCAAAGAGCCAGAGGUCGAAGCUACUUGUUUCCUUUUUUUUUUUCUUCUUCUUCUUCUUACAAGAGAGGAGAGAGAAUAGUGGACUGUUGCGUGCUGCGGGAGAGGGUGGAGGGGCAGGGAAGGGAGGAGGCUCGCAAUAGAAAGUUGACUUCUUCUUCAAUCGUCGAUCCCGAUGGCGUCGUUCGUGCCGCGUGAUCAUCGCCGAUGUUGCCUCUUCGCCCGAAGAGACUGAUAUCUGGCCGAUGCUCGACGUAGGAUUCAGCUGAGAUCAGCGCGCGGGACGAAGAUGUCUCUUCCAGCAGCGAUCGAACAACGAGCCUCCUCCGACUGGUCCUGAGCCUCGUCGAUCUUCCUCGAAUCUUCGUCCACCCUUCGCGUUUCUGAUUCUUCCUCGAGUGGUGGGUGGGCGCGCCGAGCUUCUCGCGGAAGAAGACUGGAUCGAGUUCGAGGAAGAUGAACGACAAGAUCGAAGAUCGAAGCGAAGAAUCUCGAUCGAUCACGUAAUAAUAGAGAUUGAGCCUGGACUGAGCGAGUCAACGAAAGAGAGAGAGAGAAAGACAGAGAGAUAGAGAGUGAGAGAAAGUUUCUCCGUUUGUCGUCGAUCGUCUACGAGGAAUCGAAGAAAGAAAAAAGAAAAAAAAAAGAAAAAAAAGAAAAAAAAGGAACAUGGAGUCGUCAACGUGGUGUACGCGCAGACUCGGUGGCAGCGUAGCGGCGUUGUCCGAGGAGUCGACGGCCAAGUUUCGCCCGACCUCCUGUUGUCUCUCGAUCAACGCUACCCCCGUCGACGGUCGUUCCUCCGGCGCGAGCAGCGUCCCCGGAACCACCUGCUGUCCGACUGCAGUUACCAGCGUGACCGAUACCGACUCUGUUCUCCGUCACUGCCACUAUUCGCCGGGCAGUGUCACCGCGUCGCCGGAUCGCGAGCCACACCGACACGAUCACGAUCACGAUCACGAUCACGAUCACGAUCACGAUCGGAUUGUUUCUUCUCUCUCGUCGUCGGAUCAAAGGGACUUGGUUCGCUGCGAUCUCUGCGAGCGGCUUCGCGGACGAAGCUGCGAUUAUUACUCGAGGACUGCGCUGGAGGAAGACGAGAGAGGACGAGACACGAAGGACGAGCGCCUCGAGCGUGGAGGAAUGACGAGACGCGGACAGCAGCGGCACGUGCUGCUGGCGGAACACGCGGCGAGGAUCACUUCCCCGAGGAUAUCGCGCCGCGAAAGACCGAUGUCCGACGAUUCCUCGAGCAGCUACGUCGCCAGCGUGGUACGGUGGAGCGGUUCCAGGCUUGAGAGCUCGUUCCGCUGGACCAGGCAGAAGCGUGCGUCCGCCUGGACGAUUUUGUUCCUAUUGGUACUCGUGUUCCCCGCUUCCGCGGACCUGCAAAAGCAAACGACGUCGAGAGAUUCCACCAAAGAGGAGGGAGGUGAGUCUGUGACCACUUUACGUAUGCUUAUCUCCUAUACUAUACUAUACUAUACUAUAGUGUGCCGUUUGUGUUUGUUACGUCGCGGGAAACAGAUUUGUCAUUUUCUCGCUUCGUGUGUCAAAUAUCGUCGAUGA